AUGAUCAAGUUCAUCUUUGUUUUGCUCCUGCUUCACGCAGCCGCCGUCCAAUGUGAGUUUAUGGUAUUUUUACAGUUUGAUUGUGUUUUACAGUGAUUUGAGGAUUUUUAGUGGCAUAAAUUCAUUGUUUACAAUAGUUUACUUUUCACUUUUUUUAGUCCAAAACGUUGUGAAAAUUGCUUUUUAGGUAAUAAUUUAUUAUAAAAGCAUCAAGAGAAACUUCUAUUAUUGAAAUUAUAUAAAAUACACUGCUAAAAAACGUCCACGAGCGAUCGAAAGAACCAAUGGUUAAUUUUAGGUAACAAAUCUUUUUCAGGUGCCCCAGGCAAAUCAGAUUCGGCGGAGAAAAAGGAAGGCUUCAGCUGGAAGUGUAUGGGAUGUCGAGGUGGAGUAGAGAUACUGAGGUUAGUAGAUCUUAUUUUACUCUGAAUUCUAGGUAGAUCUUUAUACUCAAAACUCUUUUCAGGUUUUUGUUUGAGCGGAAUACGACAGCUGAUAAGAUAAUCAGCGCGGCCGAGUACUUCUGCAAAGAAUUCGCGAAUCAGAAUACUCAAAUAUGCAAGGGAAUAACGUCACAGUUUCGAGUAAGUAAUGAUUAUAUCAAAUUUGAUACCUAAAUUCAAUUUUUGGCUUCAAUAACUCUGUUUUUUGGUAAAUUAGGCAUAUUUUGGCGUUACAUCGGUCAAAACUAACAUUUUUCAAAUUUCAGGACCAAUUUCUUUACGUUCUGGAGCAACUAGUACUGUCACCGAAGCAAUUCUGUGGUCUUCUAGUAGACGAAUGCGGUAUCCCCAACAAUCCAUUUGAUGGCAACUGGACAUUACCUCUACCUCCAAAGCCUGAUAUCUACAAAGAUCGACCAGUAAGAUUACACGCGGCCAGAAAUCGACCAUCAGAAGACUCCAAGAAUCGUCCGGUCUUCAGAGUGCUUCAACUGUCUGAUCUUCACUUUGAUUUCGAGUAUGAGAAUGGCACUGAAGCUGAUUGUGGGAAGCCGGUUUGUUGCCAAGGAAAGCCUGAACUGUUACCUAAAAAGCCGGCUGGCUAUUGGGGAACGCUGGCAGCUUGCGACAUACCAUUGCGCACUGUGGAAAGUAUGUUCGCUCACAUUGCUAGAACACAAAUGGUGAGUGUUUGUUACGGUAUGACUUAUAUACAAUGUAAGUGAUAUAGUUGUGUGUGUAUGUUAUCUAAAACAAAUUCAGCACAAAGCGGACAAAAAGAUAGACUACAUUAUGUUAACCGGUGACUAUAUGCCUCACAAUGACUGGGUGUACAACAAGGACAGUCAUCUGUACAUCAUCUCCAACCUAACUCAACUUGUCAACACCUACUUCCCAGACACCCCCAUCUUUUGGGGUGUAGGUAACCACGAAGGUGUGCCAGUCAAUUCGUUUGCUCCUCAUACAAUGCCGACUAAGUUCUGGCCAGACUGGAUAUAUAAAUCAUUGUCUGAUGCUGGAGCCAAGUGGAUUCCGCCAGAGCAAUUGGCUUCGGCCAACUUCAGAGGAUCUUUUAGUGUGAAGCUGACGGAAAAACUGAAGUUGGUCAACUUGAACACCAACUUCUGCGAAACUACUAACUUGUAAGAGAAAUUUUAGUUGAAUAGGGAGUAAAAACGGCAAUUUGAAUAUUUGUAUUGUUUUGGGUAAAAUGUUGCGAAGUGUCAAAUUAUUUAUUGAUUUUUUAGCUUUGUAGCUAUAGCUAUAUUUUCAAAAUUUUAAAGAACUUUGGUUUAGCUUUGUCUACAUAAACCAAACAGACCCAGACAGUGCCUUACAAUGGUUGGUCGAAGAAUUGAAGGAAGCAGAAGAUCAAGGUGUUGUAGUUCAUAUCAUGGCUCACAUCCCUCCAGGCGAUGGUGAAUGUUUAGAAGGAUGGGCACGAAACUACUACAGGAUUGUGAACAGGUUCGAGUACACAAUUAGGGCCCAAUUCUUUGGCCAUGUGCACACGGAUUCGUUCACCGUAUUCUACGAGAACAUGAACAAUUUCCACUCGAGACCCACCAAUGUACUGUACUCUGCACCUAGUGUCACCACGUUUGAGGCAUUGAACCCAGCGUACAGAAUUUAUGAAAUUGAUGGAAAUUACGAGCACAGUACUUAUGUAAGGACUUUUACAAAUAGUGUUUUAGAGUGUGUAUAGAAGCUUAUUAGCCACAUUUUAAUAUCUAGUCUGACUGUUUUAAUUGUUUUACCUGUAAUUUAAAAUUAGCAAGGUAAUAUGACGGUCACUUUGUGACGUAAUCUUGUUUUAGGAGGUGCUGGACUUCAAAACCUAUUUUUUGAAUUUGAGUCGAACUCAACCGUAUCCAAACCCAGAUUGGGAGUUACUGUAUUCGGCGAAGGUAAUUUUUAUUUAUUUUGAAAAGGUUGUGUUAUUUUUUUCAUAAUAAGCUUAUUUUUAAAAAUGGUAUUUUCAGGACGAGUACAAUCUUCCUGAUCUGUCUGCAGCCAGCUGGAGCCACCUGGGAGAGCGAAUCCGUGGAGAUAAACAACUUUACAGAAAGUUUUUAAAGUAUGUUUUACUACCAUGUACAAUAUUGUUCCAAAAUAUGUAAAAUCAACAAUUCUUUGAUUAUUCUUUACUCCCAAACUACUUUUUUAACUCUUAACAAUAUGCGACUUACAGGAACUACGCCCGUAGAGAUGACUAUCAUUGUGACAAAGCCUGUAAAGCAGAGUUACUGUGUUCGUUGAGGAGAGGGCAUCACAACGAGUCAGCUUUGUGUCCAGAGUCUACCUUGAUCAAGAGAACCUUCCCAUUCAUCGACCGACCUAACAUUGAGCCUUCUAUCUUCGACCAAUUCACUCGAGAUGAGUUUAUAACUGCAGCGAAACGGACCUUGUUCAACAAGGUGAUAGGCUGGAUUGGGAAGUAG